CACACUGCAACAGGUAGCAAACCACACUGACAUUUCAUUCAAUGUGUUGCACUUAAUUUGAAAUUGCUUGUUAAUGAGAACAUUUCUUUCAGGUGAAGCUACUUAAACAGUUGGCAAGAUAUAAGGAAAGCCAACAAUAUCAAAAACCUGUAUAAUUAUGGAUGGAAAUUCAUCUUUAAGGAAUUUACUAACAUUGGAAACACUGAGCUUAUCAACCACACAUAUUUAUCCAGCAUUUAUAUUCGGAACAGUUACUUACUUAUUUAUUGUAUUUUGCAAUCUGUUGAUAUUAAUAACUAUUGCUGUAAGAAAAAAACUGCAUAAGCCCAUGUUUAUCUUGCUGUUCAACUUGCCCAUUAGUGACAUGAUCGGUGCCACAGCUUUUUUUCCUCAGGUACUUCUCAACAUUGUGACACAGAAAAGAUUGAUUUCCUUUCCUGCAUGUAUUACUCAGGCUUUUCUCAUUCAUUUUUAUGGCACAGGGAACUUGUUGAUCUUGAGCGCUAUGGCAUAUGACAGAUACGUUGCUAUAUGUUGUCCACUGAGGUAUAAUACCAUCAUGACUCCACACACUUUAAUGAGAAUUGUGAUUUCAGUAUGGGUUUUGAGUUUCUCCUUUAUAAUUAUAGUGAUAAUACUGACUGCACGUCUGAAAGCUUGCAGAACAAAUAUAGUGGAUUUAUACUGUAACAAUCCGUCAUUACUGAAACUUACCUGUGAGGACAUCACUGUGAACAACUACUAUGGAUUUACUGCUAGUUUUGUGAUUCAGGCAGGCUCUCUGUCAAUACUGAUGUAUACAUAUGCACAAAUCUUGCGUACCUGCGUCAUGACUAAUCAGAGGGAUGCCAGGCAAAAAGCCAUGCAGACUUGUGGUACGCAUUUAGUUGUUGUCCUAAUUUUACAAAUCUCCACUGCCUUCACACUUAUUUCUCAUCGCUUGGACAGUGUGUCCCCUCUCCUGAGAAGGGCUUGUGGGGUGUCCAUUCUAAUUUUCCCCCCAGUUUUGGACCCAAUCAUAUAUGGACUGAAAGUCAAAGAACUGAAGCAGAGCAUGUUAAUGUUCUUUAAAAGAAAUGUGAAUGCAACGAAGUAGCCGCAUCUUCAUUUUGGCCUUACUAUUUAAUAUUUUAAUCUCCUUUGUUCCCAGAUAUGUGGGAGUGAAUUUUUUUAUUUCAAACAGAUACAGGACAAUCUAACAACAACUUACAAUUCUUGUAUAGUGUAAUACUUUGCAUGCAGACAAUCUCCAAACAAAAAUGCUUGUAAUGCAAAGUAAAUGUACACUUUUUGCAUGUGUAAAUUGCUUUCUGUUAACAUUUAUGUCUAGAUAUGUUUACGAGCACUACAAGGUUUUUGAACAGCUGAGGUUUUGUUUAUUGGUUUCUACAGUGAGUCAUUUUAGAACUGAAAGAUCACCAGAAUAGACAAAGAAUAUCAUUUAGACAAAAGAAAGUCACAACAGUUGCACUUCAUUCCUACGUGCAAAAAUUCAUUGAAACAGACAUGCAUGCAGUGAAAUGUACUGAAGUGUAGAUGUUCUGCUCUAUUUGUACUAUUUCAUAAUACAAUAAUGUAUCUGUGCAAAUAUUAAUGCAUUUGAUUUGAUGAUUUCUAAUACAUGGUGGAUAAGAUGAAUUACAGAUAAGGGAAUUACUUAAAUUAAUGUUGAAUUUGACA